CGCUUCGCUGCCGCAGCGCUGCGCCGGGUAUGGAAGGCCUCCGAAGGCGGCAAGAGGCGCAAGGCUGGAGCUUCUCAGCCGUGUGGCAUGUACCCUCCGGGCCUUUGGUCAUCGGCCUGCUUGCUCUUGAGACCAUCAGCCUGCGAGGGUCAGCAGAGGCCAGGCGGCCUCUUGGGGCCAUGCUGAGAGGCGCAAGGGGACGCCCGCGCACGGUUUUGACGCCUUCCACCCUGAGGAUACGCGAAAAGUAAGCAGCGCAGAAAAGAGCGCGCGAGCGCCACCGCAGGGCCUCCUUGUAUCAUAUAUUCGCCUUACAUCUGCGCCCUUUUUGCCUUCGCUUUUUGUCUCGUGUGCAGAUAUCUUGCAUACCUGCCUCCGCGUGGUGUAUUUGGGGACAAUUGGAGUACUUCACCGCGUCACAUCUUGAUCUUCAUCUUAUUGAUGCAAAUUGAUGAUUUCAUUGAUACUAACUAGACUAUUCCUUCCACUUGGAGUUGUGUUGACCACUACAAAGAUUUAUGAGUUCCUUCAUCUACUUAAAGAUGUCGCAACAUCUAAGUACAACAUAUGUUAAUCUUCGUCUUAAUCCACCUGCAAUAUUAUAUAUUGUCUUUGACGCCAAGGCCAACUGGUCAACAUCUUCGCCACUGCUGAGCUCUUCAGAAGAUCAAAAAGAUGGGUUUUGGUUUACCGCAUGUUCUCUCGGAUGAGAGUCAUUAUCGAGAGUUCGUGUGCAAAAUCUGCCUUGACUUAGUGGAGUUGCCUGCUGUCUACACGAGGAAGUGCUCGCAUGUCUUCUGUAACAGCUGCCUUCGUGACUGGAUCAAGGCCUCAGCGGAGGUGAAGGCAGAUCAUGCAGAUGACAUGGACGCUGGAGGACUCUACCAAGCACCGUGGGAACAGACGUCGGGAACAUGCGCCACUGCGUAUGGCACGGCACCGUGUCCAGCGUGUAAGGAGCCGCUCGUCGUGAAUCGCGAUGUCGCAUACUUGUCGAAAUUUGUGAACAAGGCUGUCACAUAUCUUUGCUAUUCGUAGUCUUAAUCCUAGACUUAGAGUCAUUUAAUAAAUUUCAUGUUCUAUUAUAAUUCCACUUGGGCGCACACGCAUCAUUGAUCGGGAACGAGCUUCCAGGACGGUACCCUCCUUUUCCAGCUUGACGGUCACCUCUUUUUCCUCAUUCAUACAAUGCGAACCACUGGCAUAUCGACUUUUGCUGAGUGUUCGAUGUCGUUGUCCUCUCGGUGGUGGUUGCACUUGGGGUGGAGACUACUCCGAACUUCAGGCUCACCUGACCAAUAGCGACUCGCAUGCAAGAGGCGCUUCAUCACGAGCGCAAAUCGAUAAAUGUGGUGUCGUCGGUAAGGAUGCUGAGACCAAGAACGGGACAUCAAGUGUGUGUGGCGCCUCUUCGAAGCCUAUUGUCACUGCUGAGCAAAAUGGGGGCGCAGCAGCGUCCAGCGGCCAGCAGUAUGAGCCUGCACAACCCAAGUCGACAUCGAAUGGGCCGCUUGGUGGCACAGGCGCAGCGACAAACUCUAGUAUACCCAGCAGUAAUUUUUACGCCCAGGAGAGCAACCAACCUGGCCUCAAUAGAAAGCCUGAAAAUGCAAUUUCGGAUGCGGGUCUCCAACAGGCUGAAGGGUUGAAGGAGCUUGGGAACGGAAAGUAUAAGGCUGGUGCAUUCCAGGAAGCCACGCAGCUCUAUUCCAAAGCGUUGGCUUUCGUGGACCGCGGGAAUAGUGGAACCGAUGGUACAUCAAGUAGUAGCUCGACGUCACAACAACUUGCUUCACGAUUACUCGCGAACCGUGGAGCCUGUUGGAUGGCCCUGGGCGCCUACAAAAAUGCUGUACAAGACUGUCAAGAAUCUGUGCGUCGCGAUCGCAACUUUGCAAAAGCCUUCAUCCGCCUUUCGAGUGCCUUUUUUCUCAGCGGUGGUACACUGGAUGAGGCCAUUGGAGUGUUAGAAACCAGACGAGCGGCAGAGCUUCAAUCACCCACUUCAGCCGAUUCGAAAGCUAGUAAUGCGUUUACGAAGGAGCUCUCUGGAAAAGUCACAGAAUUGUCACUGCUGGCCGCUGCGUUGAUAGGAGGAAAGGAAGCCCUGCAGCUGGCCGCUCGCGCGUCAACCGCGGGCGCCGGUGCGUCGGACCGGCAACAGCUGCUUACAGUGGCAGCAACGCGAUUCCAGCGGGCGCAUGAUAUUGCUGUGGCUGGGUUCGGCGCACCCCAUGUCCCGCCUCAGUUGCAGCUCUGGCUCGCUCGUGCCCACAUUGCUCGCAGCGACACAGAUAAAGCCAACGUAGUCACGAGAAAAGUGCUUCGUGGCAACCGAAGCAAUGUGGAUGCCCUUACCGCGCAAGCGGCAGUGCUGCUCCUAGACGGCGAAUGUGUGAAAGCGCUUGAUGUUGUGAAAGAAGCCUUGAGGCUGAGCCCCGACAAUGACGAAGCACAGUAUCUCUUCCGUAAACUGGCGAAGCCUUUAGCGCAGGCUCUCGACCAGGGAAGGGCUUGUGUUUCUGCGCGAGAUUUCGAAAACGCGGCUGCGCACUUCGAGACCGGAAUCAAGACGAUAGAGCAAAAGACCAAAGCACCUUCAUCGCAAGCAGAUAAUGGCGGAGGCAAGGAUAGUUCCGCGACGAAUACUAGCAACUCAUACGAUCCAUUUUCACGCUCACGUGGUAAUGAGCAAGCAUCUGAAGCGCAGAAUCGCGAAAGUUCGCCGGUGCUUCGACCUGUAAAUACGAUGCAGGAUCAUGACAACGUGCCUGAAGGCGCGUCCUCGACUGCCACCGACAAUUCAGAUGGCAACUUCAUGGAUAGCAGUGAUAUCAACACCAGUGCCAGCUCUGCUAGCGUCGGCGCUAAACGUCCACGAACGGAAGCGAUAACAUCAACAGACGAGGGUCCCCAGCGAGGGAGCUCGUCUAUGCUUUCGAGUUCAUUUUCGGCGGCUUCCUCCGCGCCUCAGCAUUUGUCCCCCGAAGAAUCUGCAUUACAUCUCGGCUUGGAAAAGAGCCUCCUGUACAGCACGCUGCUUUCUGAGGCAGGAAGCGCAAACUUCCGCUUACGUCGUUUUGAGAUUACUCUGAAGCGUGCCCAAACUGCACUUUAUAUCCGACCAGAUUUUCGGGACGCUGUUGUUCUGCGCGCGAACACUCUUGUCGCUCUAGAGCGCUACGACGAAGCUGUCGCCAGCCUAGAAGGUGAUACCCGCCUCAUGUUCGAGAGCGACACGAGAGUCCAGCACGCGCAUCAGAAAGCAGUUUUCGAGUUGCGGAAGUCCAAGCGUCUCGACUACUACGAUCUCUUGAGUAAGCCGUGCACUGCAAUCACCUUUCCGGAAUUGCGUAUGGCAGAUACGGAAAAUCUCACUGGUUCUGCGGAAGAUAAUCUUCAAUCAGCAGAGUCCCAGGCGCAAGAACAGCACGCGGAACCAGGAAUGGAAGCUGCAUCACCAGCUGCCUGUUCAUCAAAUUCAAAACAUACGGCUCGGCCUCGGGCCUCGGAUUCUUAUUAUAAAUUGUCCAGCUUUUCAACGCAAGCGGAUAUCAAAAACGCGUACAAGCAGAGGUGCCUGGAGCUACAUCCUGACAAACAUGCUGGGAACACGUCAGCUGCACAAAAAUUCGCAAAGGAACGUUUUCAGAUGGUUGGAGAGGCGUUUGAGAUUCUAAAUGAUGAGGCGAAGCGUAAACUGUGGGAUGACGGUUAUGACAAGCAAGCAAUUGAAGAGCGAAUCCGUGCUAUGCACGAAGCGGCACACCGAAAUCAAGGCUGGGCGAAGCACCACCAUCACUAAACAGGGAACGACGCGUGAGAGACUUUGUUUGUGCAUGAUUCGUCGAUUAAUUAUGAAGUCACUGCAGCUUUCGCUCUUCCUUCCCUCGCGUUCUUUCUUGGUGGACUGUUGAGAGAAGUACUUCUUUGAGACAGCGCUGAUAUCUGUCCAAGUUUGUUAUACCGAAUGUCUUCGAGGACUUCGGGGACUUACUUACAAAGAUUGAUAUGAUAAGCGGACGCUCUUCGUCCAUGCUCAAGAACAAAGAAAUUAAAAUUAUGUUCUUCUCGAUUUGAUGAU